AUGUGAGUCGAUGAUGGGCGUGACGCUGCUGCACUUCCGACAGUUCCGACAAUCUCCGACAUUACUGGACAUUACCCGCUGAAUUCGUGGAACGGGUAUCGAAGGAAUUGGAACAGAAUCGACGUUAACCCAGCCACCAUUGCUGACUACUGAUCUGAUGCAUUUGGGUACAUCUUUCUCAUAUAGCACGAGAUUCGUAUUGUUUUUAAAGGUGGUGAAUGAAAAAUGCCAGCCGGAAACGCAGGCCCUCCUGAACGAAGUGAGCAGAUGUGGAAAGCGUUGAAAAGUCACAUUACGAGAGACAGACAACGAAAGAAGCAAGAGCAAGAGGCCGACGCCGAGGAGGAACGUCAACGAAAGGAAAGAGAACGUCAGCAAAAGCAGGAUGCAAUGACUUUGGGCGAAACUAGGGAACAAAUAGCUACUUUGGAGAGUGAGCUUGCACAGUUGAAAGAUCAGAAACAUCAAUUGUUCUUGCAAUUGAAAAAAGUAUUGAACGAGGACGAUAAUAGAAGAAAACAAUUAAUUAAAGAAACAAGCGUUGGCUCUGAAGUCUUAACGGCAGCUGCUGCUGGGUAUUCAGGGGCAGGCCCUGGAGUAUUUCAUCCGCAAGUGUACCAAGUUCCAUUGCCAAGAAGCAGUAGUCCCCUGUACAAAGUACAAACUGUGGGCGCGGCAACUCAUACUUUGUUAUCAACAGGACCAUUGAAGAGGACCCGUAGCCCUUCUCCACCAUUAACAGGUCCAUAUCACACUAGUUACGGAUACAAACCGACACCUUCCAUACCGAGUUACAAUCCUGCGCCAUCCAAAUCUGAGGAAGCAGCUAGGAGAUCUGGCGAUUCCCGAGCUGUUCUCUGGAACAAGAACAAUCAAUAUUCCGCUUCGAACUUUUAUUCGGCACCCACGGGUCAAAGCGUUUACAAUUAUUCGACGCCAUCCUCGCAACCGUCUCGAGAGCCUGAGCCAUCAGCUAAAUCGGUGUAUCUUUCAGGAAACAGAGCAACAUUGUCGACGCAUCAAACUGCGUACGUUACCAAUUUGCAUUCGUUGGACUAUAAAGGCGCAUACGCGGAGGAUAAGUUUUGCUUGAGACCUAGCCAUGUCACUGUUCACGGUGGAGCCAUUCCGAUUCAACAACCGCCGCAGGGUGCGAAAACUGGAGGAAUCACAUCAGGAUAUCCAGUGAGAGCGCCGCAACCACCUCCAACUCCAUAUCCACCGCCGCCACCAGGCACUUACGUCAGCGCGUCCGGUGGUAAUGUUCCCGGUCGAUUACUGUACACUCAACCCGGAGCACGGUAUCUCCAGAGAGAAGUUUAGGUUCAGUUCAUUUAUAUCGAGCAUGGUGUUUGAUCUACGAUCACCGUCGCAUUCGUACAAACGAUAUUGACAAAUCUUGUUUCAUACGUACAGUCAACAAGAUUAUAAAAAGAGAAAUGUAUUUUAUAUGAUAUCAUUGUCCUCCGUUAGUGUACCGGUUGUCAUCGUGAACGCCUGUACAACAACUUACGGAUACACGUUAGGCGCAUGUAGACACACGCGUCAAUGUCAACAGUAAUUUAUCACUCAUCAUA